AUGAUGAUUAAACAUGUCAAAGCGAAACAAUUUCUUCAAGCGACAAGAAGAGUCAACAAUCAUCAUGAACAUCAAAGUGAAAACGACAACAAAGACCUUGCUCUAAUCCUGUUGUUAACAUCUCUUAAUCUUUGUUCACAAAAAAAUUAUAUGAAAUAUUUCUGUAAAGUUUACAAGCUCCUUUUAUUUAAAAUCAAUCGAGCCUUAAAGUUUGAAAGUAGAACAGUAAAUAUUUUAAGAAAACUUACAACUUUUCAACAUCACCAAAACACCUGCAGAAAUUCCCCUCAAUUUUAA